AUGAACCAGAGCUCAGUGCAGCCAGCGUGGGAGACGAUCUCUGGAGCAAGUCCUACGUCUAAAAGCUACUGGGCGCAGUGGGAUGCUCUUCGGCUGAAGGAUGGUCUGCUGCAGCGCCAGUGGGUGACUACCGAUGGCCUCAACAAGUACAUCUUCGGGGCCAUGGAUUACUUCACUAAGUGGCCAGAAGCUUAUGUCAUCCCAAAUCUGGAAGCCACGAUUGCCAGGGUGCUGGUGGACCAGUUCUUCUGUCGGUUUGGUGUACCCCAGGAGUUGCACUCGGACCAGGGCAAAAAUUCUGAGUCAGCUGUGUUCAGACGAGAACUGGCCAAGUACUGUGUUGAGGGGCAUACAGAAUGGGACCAGAAGCUGCCUACUCUGCUGAUAGCAUAUCGAGUCAGCUGCAUAGACACCGGCAAAACUGAUGUUGGGUCACAAACUGCAGCUUCCAGUGGACCUGCUGACAAGGAAGGAGAGUCAUUCACCGAAGUGGCAGAGUCCAUUGGAAGGACCAUACACGGUACUGGGGCGCCUUUCAAAUAUGACCUACCGGAACAGGAAGGAAGGAAGGCUCAACCGAAGGUAGUUCACGUCAAUCGUCUGUGGCAGUAUCAUGGGCCAGGGCAGUACACCUGGGAAGACUCUGAGGAGCUGUCACCUACCACCGAAGAACUCAGGGCUGUACCAAUCCGGAGAACCCGACCAUGA